CUCACAUCUACACCGAGAUAUAAUCAUCAAGAUCCCUGAAAACACGGGAUAAAGAGUAAAGGUGACGCCUCAGAGACUCAAGAGUUUCAAAUCUGAUUAUUUAUUAUUCUGUGCCCAGUGCCCAGUGACUUUCUCUAACCUCAAUUUCGUUAAAUACGUGCUUUGUAAACUUGGUAAAUAAUGCAAUGAAUGAAAAAGUGUAGAAAACCAUUUUUUUAUUUUGCCAACAUGGAUUACAGUGAGGAACAGAAAAGUGAAAUUGAGGCUUUGGAAUCAAUAUAUUAUGGAGAUUUCGAAAUUUUGUCAGCUGAUCCUCCAUAUAGAUUUUCAAUUCCAAUCAAAACUGAAGAAUAUGAACCUGAUUCUGAGACUGGACUGAGUUGUAAUCUUGUUAUAACAUAUACUCCAAAAUAUCCAGAGGAAGCUCCAAUUAUAGAAAUAGAGAACUCUGAGAAUUUCGAAGAACAUUAUGAACAAAAAAUACUUGAUUAUCUUAUGGAACAGGUUGAAGAGAAUUUGGGAAUGGUAAUGGUAUUUACUUUAGUAUCUUCUGCACAAGAGUGGCUUAACGUGAAGUAUGAAGAAACGAAGAGAGAAAAAGAAGAAAGAGCUGCUCGAAAGCUCCUGGAAGAUGAGGAGGCAGAAAGAAAGAGAUUUGAAGGUACAAGGGUCACAGUAGAAACGUUUAUGAAAUGGAGAAAAAAUUUUGAAGACGAUAUGGGUAUAACAAAAAAAAGAGAAAUAGCUGAUAAAGAAGGAAAAAAAUUGACUGGAAGGGAGCUAUUUAUGACCGACAAUACCUUAAAUGAGUCUGAUCUCAAAUUCUUAGAUGAAGGUGAUGCUGUGAAAGUUGAUGAGUCACUUUUCCAAGAUCUUGAGGAUUUAGAUUUAGAUGAUGAUGAUGAAGAUUUUGAUCCAGAUAAUUAUGAUAGUGAAUCUUCGCAGUGAUGAUAUUUCUUGAUUCUUUUAAUAUACUUUAAUAGUAUUUGUGAAAUUUUAUUUUGGAUUUCACAUGUUUUUCUGAAACUGAGUACUAAUGAAAUUCUGUGUCAUAUAUUAAAGCACAGUUACAGCUUUGAACAUUUAUGCAACAUGUUAUGUUAUAUAAAAAAGCUGUCUGAACAACU